AUGAGCUUAAAACUAUUAAAUUCUUUUAAUUUAUUUAUUAGCCUUUUAUUCAUUUUUAUUUUUUUGUUAUUUUAAUUAAUUUUUUUAUUUUUAACUUUUGAUUUAAUUAUUAUUUAAUUCAUUUCUUACUAUUUCAUAUUCAAUUUUUCCUUCUAAUUAACUAACUAACUAACUAAUUAUUUAUUUAUUUUUCUCUAAUAUUUAAAAAGGUCCAAUAAAAUUGGUGAUCUAGGUAUACAAAGGUUUGGUUUUGCUUUAGAAUAGUGCACUAAUCUCUCAAAUUUGACACUUGAUUUUUUUGCCAAUAAAAUUGGUGAUGAAGGUUUGUAUGAGUUAGGUUUUUCUUUAGGAAAGUGCACUAAUCUUUAAAAUUUGACGCUUAAUCUCAAAUCCAAUAAAAUUUGCACAAUAAGUACAUUACGCUUAGGUUCUGCUUUAUAAUAGUGCACUAAUCUCUCAAAUUUGGCAAUUAAUCUCUAUUCAAACAAAAUCAAUAAAUCAGAAGAGUUGUAAGUAGUAAGUAAGUAUCUUAAAUUAAAAAGAUUAGUUGCAAUUAAAAUAAAUUUCAAAUGGUGA